AUGGGUCUCCCCAAUACAGUGGAUUGGGCCGAUUUGGUAACACUAGACCUCAGCAAGUUUGACCAACCGGGGGGAAAACAGGAGUUGGCAGCUCAGCUCUUCGAUGCUGUGAACAGAAUAGCAGGGUUCUUCUACAUCAUCAACUUUGGCCUCACGCAAGAAGAGGUCGACCGACAGUUCAGCCUGUGCAAACAGGUCUUCAACCUCCCCACCGAAGAAAAGCUCAAGUAUCGCGCCGAUCUCGAGAAUGGGGGCUACAACGGCUACAAGCCUCUCGGCAUCCGCGAGAUCAAGAACGGCGUGAAGGACAAUACGGAAAUCUACAACAUCCCCAAGUUCACCCCCCAGUACGAACGCGAGCACCCGGCAAUCAUCCGCGAACACUGGGACGAGAUCCAGUACUUUGCCAAACACAUCCAUUUCCAGAUUGUGAGGAAGUUGCUUGUGCUUUUUGCGCUGGUGCUGGAGCUGCCCGAGGAUUACUUUUUGAAAAUCCAUCGGUACGAGGAGCAGAAAAGUGAUUGCCACUUCCGAUAUAUGAAAUACCAUCGUCGGUCGCCGGAGGUGAAUAAACAACUGGACAAUGUGUGGGUCAAGGGCCAUACGGACUUUGGAAGUUUAACCCUGCUCUUCAGACAACCCGUCGCAGCGCUCCAGGUCCGCACGCCCGAGGGCGAAUGGAAAUACGUGAAGCCGUACCCGGAGAGCAUCACGGUCAACAUCGCCGACGUGCUCCAGUUCCUCACCAACGGCUUCCUGAAAUCCAGCAUCCACCGCGUCGUGGCCCCGCCUCCAGACCAAGCCGACGUCGACCGUCAUGGCGUCUUGUACUUCGUCAGACCCGAGGAUGACACCGAGUUGGUCCCAAUCAAGGGCAGUCCCGUACUGGAGAGGCUCGGGUACGACAAGGUCCUGGAUCCAGCGACGGUGGGGUUGACGGCCGGAGAGUGGGUGAAAGCGCGGGUCGCGAAGAAUGUGAGCCGCGUGGGCAAGGAGGAGGAGAGUAUUAUCAAAGGGGUCAAGGCUAAGUAUUAUGACUGA